AUGGAUAAGGCUAAGCAAUUGCAGGAUCCAGGGGAAGCCGAUCGUUCCGUACGAGCCAACGACACGUCAGCGCAUGGUCAUGGGACGAUAGACCAUGUACGCCUACCACAAAUCACGCUGCAGGUGUUCAACGGGGACAUAGAUGAAUGGAUCAGCUUCCGUGAUCUGUACACUUCACUCAUCCAUCGCAAGAUGGACCUGCCGGAGGUGGAAAAGUUCCACUAUUUGAAGGGAUGCCUGCAAGGAGAACCGAAGAGCCUGAUCGACUCGUUAAAACUCACGAAGGCCAACUAUCAGAUAGCGUGGGACCCUCUGCUAAAACGGUACGAUAACAGCAAGUUUUUGAAGAAGCGACAGGUGCAAGCUUUGUUGAAUUUGCCAACGCUGUCCAAGGAAUCGGUAGCGGAUCUGCACACUCUGAUCGACGGUUUCGAAAAGGUCGUUCAGAAUCUGGACCAGGUGGUCAAACCGGAAGAGUAUAAGGACCUUUUACUCGUUAACCUACUCAUUACUCGACUAGAUCCGACAACACGCAGAGGUUGGGAGGAACAUUCCUCAGCCAAGGAUCAGGAUACGCUAGCAGACUUCUCGGAUUUCUUGCAUCGUAGGAUCCGAAUUCUUGAAUCGCUUCCAGUGAAGGCAUUAGACUCCAGGACUUCGCUUUAUGCACCACAAUCAUCGAGACAGAAGGCGUCAGCUGUGAAGGCCAGCUACGGUUCUGUACAAUCGUCUGGAGGACGAUGUGCGGCGUGCAAGGAGAACCAUCCCCUAUACCAAUGUUCUUCAUUCCUACGGAUGUCAGUGCGAGAAAGAGAUGCGGUGUUAAGAACGAACUCCCUGUGCAGAAAUUGCUUCAGAUCGGGUCACAUUGCGACAGACUGUACGUCCAAAUACAGGUGUCGUAACUGUAAUGGUCGUCAUCAUACAAUGGUAUGCUUCAAGCAGCGGAAGGAUCGUUCACCUAAGGUUGUCGCUGCUGCUGGAAACAACAAUCCUCCGCGAACGGAAUCUGGUGAUGCACCCGUUCCUUUAUCCUCCCAGGUGGUUAACAUGGCAGCCACCGAUGCAACAGUGUCCGGUUCUACCCAUCAGCUCUCCCCCAAAGUUUUGCUGGCUACAUCGGUCGUUAUCGUGGAAGAUGACGAGGGUAGUCAGUUUCCGGCUCGUGCUUUAUUGGAUUCUGGCUCCGAGAGUAACUUCAUUGCCGAGCGGUUGAGUCAACGCCUCAGGUCACACCGAGAGAAGGUAGAUGUCUCGGUACUCGACAUUGGUCAUGCAGCAUCGAAGGUCAAGCAUCAGAUCACUGCAUUGGUUCGUUCGCGAGCUACAGCGUACUCGCGGAACAUGAGUUUCCUUGUCCUCCCAAAGGUUACGGUGGAUCUACCUACGGCAAGGGUGGAUACUCAAGGAUGGUCGAUGCCCAAUGGGAUAAAACUGGCAGAUCCCACCUUUUUCAGUCCAAGUUCAGUGGACAUGGUACUGGGUAUCGAAUCCUUUUUCGAUUUCUUUGAGUCUGGUCAAAGAAUUCCACUAGGAGACCAAUUAUCAACAUUAAACGAAUCGGUGUUCGGGUGGGUGGUCUGCGGAUGCCUGCUAAACCCCACACACGGCCUACGCAUCAACUGUAGUACGGCAAUUACAAAGGUGUUAGAGGAGCUAGUCGCACGGUUUUGGGCUAGUGAAAAAGUUGGAAAUUCCAAGGUCCUUUCAUCGGAGGAAAGGUGGUGCGAGGACAACUUUCGGAAGUUGGUUCGUAGGGAAUCCGACGGGCGGUACUCCAUUUCGCUGCCAAAGAAUGAAGACGCAGUUUCCAGGUUGGGCGAGUCACGGGACAUCGCAUUCCGGCGGCUUCAAGGGACGGAACGCAGAUUGGCGAAGGAUGCCAGUUUGCGGGAGCAAUACCAUCAGUUCAUGGCGCAGUACAUCCAAUUGGGACAUAUGGCGAAGGUGGAGGAAGCAGGAAAUCUCAUGAAACGAUGCUGUCUGCCGCAUCAUCCUGUCUUUAAGGAAGCUAGCACAACUACAAAGGUCCGUGUUGUGUUCGACGCAUCGUGUAAGACAUCGUCCAGUGUCUCGCUUAACGACACGCUUCUAGUAGGACCGAUUGUACAGGAGGACUUACGAUCGAUCAUGCUCCGAAGUCGAAUGAGGCAAAUCAUGCUGGUGGCCGAUGUGGAGAAGAUGUUCCGGCAAGUCUUCGUGGUUGAGGUAGAUCGGUCUUUGCAAUGUAUUUUGUGGCGUUUCGACCCAACAGAUUCCGUGGGCGUGUACGAGCUCAACACUGUGACGUACGGGACACAGCCGGCGUCUUUUCUCGCAACACGUACGUUGAACCAGCUUGCGAUGGAUGAAGGAGGGCAGUACCCAAUGGCUGCGAUGGCAACCACGAAGGAUACGUAUAUGGAUGACGUAAAUACGGGCGCGGAUACGGAGGAUGCCGCACGUAAUCUAUGUCAGGAACUCAACGAGAUGAUGUCAAAGGGAGGCUUCAAACUACGGAAAUGGGCAUCCAAUCAUCAGACGGUGCUGCAAGGUGUUUCCGCAGAAAAUCUGGCGAUCUGUGUGGCGGAAGGAAUUGACUUGGAUCCGGAUCCUGCUGUUAAGACGCUGGGUUUGACUUGGUUGCCGAUAUCCGAUCAACUGAGGUUCCAGUUUUCCAUUCCAACUUGGAAUUCAGCGACGCAGCCAACCAAACGGCAAGUUUUGUCAGUGAUCGCUAGUUUAUUCGAUCCUCUAGAACAUCUAGGUGCAGCGAUCACAACGGGCAAGAUUAUUAUGCAGCUCCUGUGGAAGAUCCGGAAUGAAGACCAAGCACUGGGUUGGGAUCAACCACUACCUUCGACGAUGGGUGAGAUGUGGCGAAAAUACCAUGAAGAACUACCCUUGCUCAACGAUAUUCACAUCGAUCGUUACGUCAUGGUUCAAAAGCAACAUCGAUCGAGUUGCAUUGAUUCUCCAAUGCUUCUUCCAAGGCUUAUGGCGGAUGCAUCUCUAUCAGGAUUCAGGAGUCAGGAUUCGGAAAGAAGGGUUGUGGAUCGACUGCUGUCAUCCAAAUCCAAGGUUGCACCCUUAAAGACACAGUCUAUUUCAAGGUUGGAACUGUGUGGUGCAUUGCUGGUGACGCAGUUAUACGAGAAGGUUCGAGACUCGAUUAGAACUCCAGCUCAACCAUAUUUCUGGGUUGAUUCAACGUGCGUUCUGUAG